AGAGGAUCGGGGGAUUUUUCUUGGUUUAAAGCCAAUUGUCGUCCCUCUACUUUAAUAUUUUAUUCGUUCUUGUCCCUCUACUAAGGACAUGUUCGUUGUCGUCCCUCUACUCUACCAAAGAGACAAAACGUCGUCCCUCUACUUCGUUUUUUUUGUUCGUUGUCGUCCCUCCCCUAACACCGUUAAUGUUGCCAUCACUGCUGACCGUUAAGUCUUAAACGGUCAGCAGUUAAACCCAUUUAUUCUUUUUUUUUGUUCCACAUGUGCUGCCAUGUACAAGAAUGG